AUGGGAAGAAUCCAAACCGGCACCGUAACAGGAAACAUAGACGGACGAUGUGACGUCGGACCCUCGAAAGAAAACAUCCUCGGGUGUGGUGUUCGCGGGGGACCAGAGACCUACGGAGAGGGGUUUAAUUCCCACGGUGGGGGGGUAUAUAUCCUUGAGGUUUGUGAGGAGGGGAUAAAGGUUUGGGUGUUUUCUAGGGAGGUGGUGCCGGGGGAUGUUCUUGGGAUUAUUGAUACCGAUACCUACACUUACGACGACCAAGAGACGAAAGGAAAAAACAACAACAAGAAAACAAAAUACACCAACAAAAGCAGAGAAAACACUCCCAACCCCCAAACCUGGGGUCCUCCACUCGCGCACUUCCCCAACACAAACUGCAACAUUGGGGACCAUUUCAAGGAUUUGAAAAUCAUCGCCAAUAUUGAUCUCUGUGGACAGAAUGCAGGUCAUCCGGCGGUUUAUAAUGAUCAGGAUGGAUGUCCUGGUACGUGUGAGGAGUUUGUGCGAGGGAAUUUGCCCGAGUUGGCGGAGGAGGCGUAUUGGGAGUUUGGUGGGUUUUGGGUCUUUCAGGUUGUUUGA